AUGGUGGACGCUCAUUCGCCGAUCACAGCGGGUGAGGUGGAGACCCAAACACCCCCAACUGCGACUCCCUCGACAUUCCAUCAGUCCGUGGCCUUGGAUGCCGACUCCAGCUCCGUCUACUUCAUGGCAGAGGACAUACCUGGGGGGAUCCCCCCGAUUUCGGUUACACGGUCGGAACAUGACGCGCAACCCUCCGAGCCCGACGAGGACCCUGAUUUCACCAUGAAUUCGGCGCAACUAGACCUUGACGACCACAGCUUUAUUCCUUCCGUCACCGACGAAAGCCUGUUCCAGCCGAGCGAGAAUGGCGACGAACGCGUCAAUAAUCAAACCCUAAUCGAAGAGCACGAGAUGCGCCGUAAGUUGAUGGACAUCGAGUCCAGCUUCCUGCCGGAGCCAUCCACGAUCGACGUCGCCGCCAAAGGCCCCAUGGUUGGCGCAGACGACACAUACCUGGUCGGAGUGCCGAAGGAGGAUGGCGCCGAUACCACGCAAGACUCGUCACAGCUGUCAUUCGCAGAACCGGAGGCCGACCAGACCGAGCGGAACGAUGAGGACCCAAGGUCUCAAAUGGACCCAGAGACAGCAGGCCCCCCCGAAGACGACGACCCUAUAGAGCAAAACGACUCAAUGAUAGACUCUCUCUCCUCAUCACCUACGGAAGCAGCUGUGCUGCGCCGAAAUCAAUCUACGCUGUCUGAAAAUGCGCGCGACAACAGCCAGUUAUCCCACGAUGAGCGCCCGUUUAGAUCCGACUUCUCCAUGGCCCACAACGAAUCCCAACUCACGCCCUCGAAGCUGCAAAAUAAUUCCCGCAGCUUAUCACCCGGCGCAUCAAGGCUGUUUAGCGACCAGAGCGACAAUGCGGGGAGCGGUCGGAGACCGAGCCGCCCCAAGUACUUGACUAGCCGCCAGUCAUCGCAUCGCCUGUCUCGCUCCUCAAUGGCAAGCAACAAUACGGAAAUGACCAACAGUGAUGCUACAUUGGGUGCAGAUUAUGCUCUCCAAUCCGGCGGGGCGAUCUCUGACAACUACGGUAGUCUUAAUGCUGGGAGCCGUGCUCAGGUGGCAAGGACGACCAGUUUGGGAAGCAUGGCAUCAGGAGUCUCGGGAUAUAGCGAAGAAAACUCAGUUGAAAAAAGAAAUACGCCAGGUGCCGACAGUAACCUACAGACACUGGAGGAGGAAAGCUCGCCCAAAUCUCGCGCGGGUCCUGCCGCGGAAGAAGAAGACGUGUCAGCACCGGCGACACCGAAGGCGAAGCCGCAAGAGAGCGCCGUUCCCACCGACACAGUGAUCGCUGAGCGUGUGAAGGGCAUCCAGGUCCCUACAACCUUUGCGCAACGGUUUCGCGAAGACUUCCAGCCAAAUCAGGAGAAGCGUGCCGGGGCUUCGACUCCGUUUGCUAAGAGUGGGCGGAACCUGACCCUGAAAGAACAGAGCAGCACGAUAGAUCGCCUGGCAAAGGAGAACUUCGACCUCAAGAUGCGGAUCCAUUUCCUCAACGAGGCAUUGAACAAGCGGUCUGAAGAAGGUAUCAAGGAGAUGAUCUCCGAGAAUGUCGAGCUCAAGUCUGACAAGGUCAAGCUCUCAAAAGAUAACCAAAGCCUCAAGCGUAAGAUUCGAGAUUUGGAAAAGCAAGUGAAAGACCACCAAUCAGACAAGGACUCCAUGGUCAAUCAUGAUCCCGAAGGGUCAGAAGAGGGUGACCGUGAAUCGGCACAAGAUGAAGAAAUCAUCUUCUUGCGCGAGCGGGUUGACACAUACGAACUCGAGAUUGAGCGUAUGAGGUCAGAGACCAUCGCACGAGAGAGCGAAAAGCGACGCUUAGCCGAGAUGGUCAAGUCGCUCACGGACAAUCGCGCAGGAGAUUCCGAGGCAGGUGCACGAGAGGAGCGAGAAAUGUGGAAGGACAUCCUGGAUGCAGAAACAUCAGCGCGUGAACAAGCCGAAGAGGAGAAUCGACGGCUUCGAGAUGAAUCUGUCCGACUUCGCAGUGAGAUGUACAGGUCGGACCGCAAUACUGACCACGGCUCUGCCAGCACCCUUGUGGUAGAGCUGGGACUCCUUAAGCAGGAGAAUGCAGAGUUGAGGAAAGAAGUUAGUGCUCAGACAUCCAUGCUUACGUCUCGAAACCGAGAAAAGGAGCGGCUCUACCAAGAGAUCGAGGAAUUGAAGCUUGGUGAACGUCGCCACCCCCGAUCAAUGACUGGAGAUAGCAUCUUUGACCGUUCUGUCUCACGCGCCCAUAUCAGACCAUCAUCUCAGGCCAGCGAUGGUGCCAUUUCGCGUAGUGAUAUGGACCGUGAUGAGCUAGAGGCAAGAAAUGGACAGCUCCGGGACAUGGUGGCGACCCUCAAACUUGAUAACCAAGCGAUUCGAGCCCAGCUCGAGGAAUACAUGGCAGAACUUGAAGCCCUCGACAAGGCUUACCAAGCCGACGUGGAUCAAGCCGAAGAGGAAAUCCUUGCAGCACAGCAGGAACGAGACCAAGCCUUACACAUGGCCGAUGAACGAGAUGCUGCUUUCCAGGACUUGCGGGCCGAGGCACAGGAGGAGCUAGAUGCACUUGGUGAUGAGCUUGACCAUAAAGUCUUGGAGUGUCAGCGCCAGAACGAGGAGUUGAAAAACCAAGACGAAAACCUCAAGAUUCUGCAAGGCGAGAUGAGGUCCGCCAGCGAAGGUAUCAUCCGCCUCGAGGAGGACGCACAAAACAAUUUGUCUGCGUACAAGACCGUGCAACAAGAGCUUGAGGAGACCAACCGGGAGAUGGAGUCCGUUGAAAAGAGCUUGUUCGAGGCCAAUACUAAGGUGCAACGUUUGACUGUCCAAAUCGAGUCUAGUCAGAACGAAAUUGCAUUCUUGCGUGAAGAGCAAGACGGCGACAAGAUUCGCAUCGGAGACCUGGAGUCUGAUCUGAAGAACUACCACACCAGCCUGGUCAGCGAGAAAGAAAAGACCAGGGAACUCGAGCAAAGAUUGGCGGACGAGCGGCAUCAGCGUGAGGUUGUUGGAAGCAAGGAGAAGCAAGACGUCCAGCGCAUCAUGAACGAAUUGAACCGCGAAGCCUCUGCUUCGAAGGAGGAAGUUCGACGACUGAAAAAGAGUCUUGCUGCCCAGGAAAUUGAAACUUCUACCUGGCGAGAACGGCUGAUGGACCUAGAGAACAAUCUUCGAGAAACCCUGGGUGAUCUCAGUGGAAGCCGGUCCAGCUUGAUCACCAACAUCAUGAAGCUGCAGAAGGAGCUCGAGUCAACCGCGCUUGAAUUGGAAAGCAUUCGAUCGCAGCUAGAUGAAAAGGAGACGCUGCUUCGCAACCGUGACGCUCUGCUGGAAAGCCACGGGCUUGAGUCACGCAAACUUUCCGAACUCCUAGAUCGUGAACGACAUGCUCGUCGAGCGGAUAAGCAGUCCUUUGAGUCAUCCCUCAAAUCGCACCAGCAGGCUUCGCGAACAAUCACGCAGAGUAACUCGCGUAUCACCGAUCUGGAGAAGGCGCGUACCGAAGACCGUAAGCGAUACGCAUCGCUGGAGCAGCAAUUCAAGGACCAGCUGAGUGAGCGCAACACUCUGUUCCUCAACAUUUGGAGCCGGCUGUCGGGGCUUUGCGGUCCGGACUGGGCACACUCCAACAGUCUCAUCAACGGCAAUCUCCCGAGCCAGGAGGUCAUUGGCAAUAUGUUGUUCUGGCCAGGCUUCAGUCGCAAUCUUGUACUUGCGAUGAAGACUGUUGAGACCGUUAUGGCAGGGUUCAAGAAUCGCAUCAAGAGCGUCGACCACGAGUUGACCAAGCGUUAUCAUACACUUGAAAUCUCGUAUAACGGACGAAUUAAGAAGCUUGAGCGCCUCGAAGAAGCUGUCAGAAAUAUGCGGCCAGUCCGUGGACAAUCGGGCUCGUCGCCGGAGAUGUCUAAGCUUCGUGGCGAGAACCGACUCCUGAAAGCAGAACUGAACUUGCUCCAAUCCAACUCACGCGGACAUGGCCCUGCUUCAGCGGGACCUCGUUCUCCCUCUAGAGCCUCAGCAGCGGAGUCAGAACGGUCCCUGGCGCGCUCUGGGUCCACAGUCGGCAACGAGCGGCCUCGGCCAGAGAAGGGUCACACUCGCAGUUCCACGGGUCUCCCGAUUCCCUCUCAGUCAUCAUCAAGUACAUUGACGAACAAUGCUGGGGCAAUGGUUCCACGCACCCGCAGUUCUCACAGUGGCUUUGAUGGCCAGGAUGAAAAAUGGGUCCACCGGCUGCAUGAGUUGGAGCGGCGAUUGAAGUCUGAGCGUGAAGGCCGCCUUCUCGAUCGCAGCGGUGCUCGCAAGCGACUUGAGGAGCGCGAUGCCGAGAACCAGAGGCUUCGAGACCAGCUCACCCGAGAGCGCACACGGCGGGGGCCCUCUGGCACCAUCACUGAUGGCAGUCGCAACCGCCCGCCUGUUUCGGACGAAGCACCCAGUUCUAGUGAAGGUGAAGGGAUUACUGUUGAGGUUGAGGUUUGA